AUGGCUGGCCUGGCUGCUGGCUCGGUAUAUGUGCGUACUCCCUCCGUCCGCGAAAAGGUGUCGGGCCGACGUUUUCGUGAAAACCCCCCUGUUGUUUUUCCGACCACGCGCACGGUCCUCGCGCAGACACCGCCCUCCACCCCGACGACGCCUUCUUCCUUGCUCUCGUCGACGGCGCCCUCCACCCGACGCUACUCCCUCUCCGCCCCAAGCCCUCCACCCGACGUUGCGCGCGACAUCGCCGCCCUCUCCUCCGCUCGCCGCGGGCGUUCUAUCAUUCUCUCGCGUCGCGGCACCGUCAUCCUCCCGUGCCCACCGUGGUGUGAUAAAAAUGGGGAUUUUCCUCCGGAUCUCUCUCGAUGGUGGCGGCACGGCGGAGAUCAAGUCGCGGUGGUGGCUGGAGGAGAUCCAAUCGCGGUGGUGCUGCUAUUGGAGGCACGGCGGAGCUCCAAUCGGGUGAUGUGGCUGGAUCCUCCCGAGGUCGUGGUAAAGAUGCCAAUUUGCUCUGGAUAUGUCGUGGUGGCGCUGGUGGCGGCACGGCGGAGCUCGAGUGGCGCUGGUGGCGGCACGGUGGAAAGGAAGCGGCGGCUGAGCGCUGAGCAGGUCGUGGCGCUGGAGCAGAGCUUCGACGAGGAGAAGCGGAAGCUCGAGCCGGAGCGGAAAAUCGAGCUGCCACGGCGGCUGGGGAUGGCGCCGCGCAAGGUGGCCGUGUGGUUCCAGAACGGCCGCGCUCGGUGGAAGGCAAAUCAGCUCGCCGGACGCGACGUGCUCCCGGCAGACAACGGCCGCCUCCGUUCUUAGCUGAAGACGAAGUUGUUCCUGCUUGGCUUCAUCAACUGGGAAGACGGCGAGGGAAACGGACGGCUCCGGCAUGGGAAGCGGCAGAGAACGGCCUCGCCUGUGUGUCUUUGCAUCGAGAAGGAGGCAGGCCGGAGCUUCUUC